AUUAUAGCAAAGCCUUUUAGCGCAACGUUCCACUGUUAAAGAAGAACAUUGUCCUGUGGGCAGUGCCAUACAGGCGAUACAGCAGCAUCCGACAGGUUAAAAUUCAUAAAGCUGUCCCGUUGUUAGCCCGGGAGGAGUUAUCCAAUCUAGCUUUCACUGCCUUAGGUCUGACGGCGCCGACCGACGUUUAGGUUGAAAAUGCCUCGUCUCGCACUACCAGCGCGUGAAUCCGGACAUGACCGGCCCGCUGCAACUAUUGCGCCAUCAAUUUUGUCGAGCGAUUUUGCUCGGCUAGCGGAGGAGUGCAAGCGCAUGGUCGAAUUGGGCGCGGACUGGCUGCACGUGGACGUCAUGGACGGCCACUUUGUCCCCAACCUCACGCUGGGCGCCCCGGUGGUGGCCGCCCUGCGCCGCCACACGCCAGCCUUCCUGGACUGCCACCUCAUGGUGUCGCGACCCGCACAGUGGGUGCAGGAUUUCGCGAAAGCGGGCGCAGAUAUGUACUGCUUCCAUCUGGAGGCAGCUGCAGCCGCUGCGGGUGAAGACGGCAAGGAGUCCCCCGCGCUGAGUCCCUCGGAGCCGCACCCCGCUGUACGGGAUCUCUGUACGACAGUACGACAGACGGACAUGCACGUGGGCCUGGCUCUGAAACCCGGCACGCCGGUGGAUCUGGUGGUGCCGUACGUGCGGGAGGGGCUGGUAGACAUGGUGCUGAUCAUGACUGUGGAGCCGGGUUUCGGAGGGCAGUCGUACAUGCCGGGUGCUGCUGACAAGGCGGCGGUGCUGCGGCGGGAGUUCCCGGACUUCAACAUCCAGGUGGACGGUGGGUUGGCCCCCGCCACCAUCGCCCAUGCAGCCGCCGGCGGGGCCAACGUGAUCGUGGCGGGCUCAGCGGUGUUCGGUGCCGCCGACCCGGCUGCAGUGAUGAGCCAGCUGAGGGGCGCCGUCACGACAGCAGCCACCAGCAGCAGCAGCCAGCAGUAGAAGAAGGGAGGCUAGCAGGGCUGUAGGCCUGUAGCAGUACGGACGAGCAGUGAACCUCCGUAUUAUUCGGAGGUACAGUCGCGGCAGUAUAGCAGCUAGGGUGUGGCAAUUGCAGCAGCAGGGAGGUAAAGAGGAAACAACUAACUGAGGGAUAAGGCGCCAGCAGCGUGAGAAGUGAGCCGAGGUGACUUGUGUUGCAGGCCCUGGUCGCAAUGUGGGUGGCCUUCUGUUGAGGUGCGGUCUUUUAUCACGCCCAUGUGGUGCUGUUGCGGAGGUGCAUGCUAUCGUGGUAGGUGAACGUGAAAGGCGCAAGUACUGCGAUGGAUACAUGGAUUGGAUGCCCCUUCAUAACAUAUGGCAGCCAUGCUGCCCUAUAUAACAUGCGGCUGCCAUUGUUAAGGAUUAGUAUAGUUUGACACUUGGGGACGUGCCACUAUGUGGGUCGUCAAGAGGAGUUGGCUCGUUCACCCCGGGUACCGGUAGUCCGGUACCGGUCAUGGCGCAAGCCUGUAGAUUGUUGGUUUGACUCUUAUGUAUGUAAAGCGAAUGGCAAGCAAUACUGGUGCAACUGAGUGGGGUAACGAGAUCGUCGAUCUUAGCUCCGGUAGAAAAGGGAGCGACUCGAUACUGUUUGCAGCUGAAGGUUGUGAGGAGUGAGGCUGUGAGGAGACACCCAACGAUGUCAUUGGCAGGCGUUUAGGAAUAUACUAGGUUGAUGGAUAGGCUAGGUUGCGUACCUUGCGUUACGUGUAUGUAUGUAUGUGUUACAAGCUUCGUACCGAGCUCGUAAGAUCCGUCCGAGCCAGAAGGCUCAUGGAUCGCGAGCACAAAACGCGAAAACAACCAAAAGAAGAA